AGUUUUCAAUUCCACGAAUAGCAAGACGGGAGGGGGAAUCUGUGCUGAUGAAACUGCAUCCUCUGUCAGGGUGUUCUUUACAUUGUCAUCUUCCACCAGUUUCCUUCUAACACUGUAAAAUUCUAGCCAUACUAAGGAUUCUUUUCUGCAACAGAACAACUCCCUUGGUACAACCAAAAAGACCAGUGUUUACUUUUCAUUAAAAGUGGAAGAACCUAGAAAGCAGAUUGGAAAGAAGCAGCUGGAAAAGUGAGAGGAAAACUGAAUGUUUGUAAUCUUAGAAGCCAUUUGAGAAUGGAGCCCACUUGGUAUACUAGCAGAUGAAGAAUUUAAGGAGGAUGUCUAUCUUUAUUCUCUUUAGCAACUGAGAGUCGGCUCUGGGAACCAUCAGGCACCAUGGGGAAGCGGGACAAUCGGGUGGCCUAUAUGAAUCCUAUAGCAAUGGCCAGAUGGAGGGGCCCAUCUCAAUCUGCAGGCCCAACAAUACAAGAUUAUCUGAAUCGACCAAGGCCCACCUGGGAAGAAGUGAAGAAACAAUUAGAAAAUAAAAAGAAAGGCUCCAAGGCAUUAGCUGAAUUUGAAGAAAAAAUGAAUGAGAAUUGGAAGAAGGAACUAGAAAAAAGCAGAGAGAAAUUAUUAAGUGGAAAUGAGAGCUCAUCCAAAAAAAGAGAAAGAAAGAAAAAGAAAAAGAAGAAAUCUUGUCAGUCUUCAUCUUCUUCUACAUCAAGCUCUGAUUCUUCAAGCAGUUCUUCAGAUUCUGAGGAUGAGGAAAAGAAACAAGGAAAAAAGAGAAAGAAAAAGAAGAACCGUUCAUACAAAUCAUCAGAAAGCUCUACAUGUGAAUCUGAAUCAGAGAGCAAAGAAUCUGUAAAAAAGAAAAAGAAGUCAAAGGAUGAAACAGAGAAAGAAAAGUAUAUUAGAAGUCUCAGCAAAAAAAGAAAGAAGACUUGUCCUGAGGAUAAACCUUUAUCAUUGGAGUCCUCAUCAGAAUCAGAUUAUGAAGAGGAGGUGCAAGCAAAAAAGAAGAGAAGACGUGAAGAGCGAGAAAAAGCAACGGAAAAAGCAAAGAAGAAGAAGAAGAAACAGCACAAAAAACAUAGUAAGAAGAAGAAAAAGAAGUCAGGUUCAAACCACAAGUCCGGAUAAUAUCAAGAAAAAAAGCAAGAUUCC